UUCGGCUAUAGGGCGGGUCUUCUGCGUCUCAUGGAGGCCUGUAGCCUAUAAGGGCGGAAGUGCGGGUAAAGCAAAGGGUGAGAGAGCAGGUAUUUUCUGGUGGGGUAGUUGAAGGUGCAAGAAGUGUUCUUUGUCGAAGCCAGCAGAUAAUGUCGGAACAGGCGGUUUUACUUCUCAGGAAGCAGCUAGCAGAGCUGAACAAGAAUCCAGUAGAAGGGUUUUCUGCAGGGCUUAUUGAUGAUAAUGAUAUCUAUAAAUGGGAAGUGCUACUGAUCGGACCUCAGGACACUUUAUUUGAGGGAGGAUUCUUUAAAGUGCACCUUACAUUCCCUAAUGACUAUCCACUGAGGCCACCAAAGAUGAAAUUUAUUACUGAAAUCUGGCAUCCAAAUGUUGCUAAGAAUGGUGAUGUCUGUAUCUCUAUUCUCCAUGAGCCUGGUGAGGAUAAGUUUGGCUAUGAGAAACCUGAGGAGCGCUGGCUACCGAUCCACACUGUAGAGACUAUAAUGAUCAGUGUGAUUUCAAUGUUGGCUGAUCCAAACAGUGACUCUCCAGCUAAUGUAGAUGCUGCAAAAGAGUGGCGGGAAGAUCCCAAUGGUGAAUUCAAGAGAAAAGUUGCUCGAUGUGUAAGGAAAAGUCAAGAGAUGGCAUUUGAGUGAACAGGUUUCUUUUCAGGACUUCCUUCUCCUUUACUUGGCAUCUUCUAAGCAAUAGAACAUACAAACUGAAAAUGUGCUGUCACUGCACGUUUUGGAGUAUUUCACUGACCUCUUGCCUGCAUGGGCAGUUUACUUUUUAUAAACUAUAUACUUAGUAUGUUUUAACUGCAAAAACUAUCAAGGGAUUGGUAAUCAAUCCUACCCGGGGCUCCUUUAUUUAUUCAAAUAUAUAUAUUUUUGAAAGUGUGUGAGUAUGAUAGAAUUUUUUUUUUUUUUUUUUUGCACAUUCUUUGUCAUCUGUAAGGUUUGUGCUUACAGGGGAACCAACAGUGCAUUGACACCAGUGUCCAACAGUGGUUAGUUUCUUUUCCUUUCAUGAAGGGCACCUUUUUUAGUGACUAAUUUACCUUCAUUAUUUUAACUGGCUACGAUUUGCUAUUGGCACAAUUAAUAAAGCAGAUCUGUCCAAACCCAGUGGAAAACAUUGACACGUGCUAUGGAGUAUGGAUUUGCAAAGGAUUGAGAUUUCCAGGCCAUGUGCAGACGAGCAUGCUAUCCAGAUGCUUUAAAACCCAUUUCAUUCUAUUCAACAUAUUCAGUGGAUUGGUCUUGUAAUCUUUGUGUCAUGUAAUGUCAUUGCCAGAAACAUUUUGUUAAAGCAACUAUUUGGUUACAGAGUUAACUAUUUUUUGAGCUGUUUUGAUAACUUAUGAGUCAUGGUUUUUGAAUCUAUUCCAAUAAAAUUGUAUUGAAUUUUA